ACGGAGAUGUACCAGUGUACGGCUGUGUCGCAGUCUAACCGGACCGGUUGAAUAAGUGGGUCAAAGGUCGUAAAUAUCUAUGGGUCUAACAGUCAGGGGUGAUAGCAGCACACAAAUACACCUCACACAGAUACCUCACAGAGACACCGUCGACCACAGAGCAGAAAGUAAAAAUGUCCAAACAGCAGCAGCAGAUCAGUCCGAUGAAGAACUUCUUCGCCGGAGGAUUUGGUGGCAUUUGUCUCGUCUUCGCAGGACAUCCACUCGACACCAUUAAGGUGCGUCUACAGACUCAGCCCAAACCCAAACCUGGAGAGAGCCUCCUGUAUGCUGGGACCAUUGAUUGUUGUAAAAAGACCUUAGCCAAAGAGGGUGUUAAAGGGCUCUAUAGAGGAAUGGCGGCCCCGAUCAUCGGCGUCACACCCAUGUUUGCUGUGUGUUUCUUCGGAUUUGGACUGGGCAAGAAACUACAACAGAGAACCCCUGAUGAUAUUCUUACGUAUCCACAGCUGUUUGCUGCUGGGAUGUUGUCUGGUGUGUUCACCACGGCCAUCAUGGCUCCUGGAGAGCGCAUCAAAUGCCUCCUGCAGAUCCAGGCAGCAUCAGGAGAGGUGAAGUAUGCCGGUCCUAUGGACUGUGUCAAACAGCUGUACAGAGAGUUUGGGAUCAGAGGAAUCUACAAAGGCACCGCUCUGACUCUCAUGAGAGAUGUUCCAGCAAGUGGGAUGUACUUCACCUCCUACGAGUGGCUGAAGAACCUCCUUACACCAGCAGGAAAAAGCCAUAGCGAGCUCAGCAUUCCCAGUGUGCUGUUUGCUGGGGGGAUGGCCGGGAUCUUUAACUGGGCGGUCGCAAUUCCAGCCGACGUACUCAAGUCUCGUUUCCAAACAGCUCCUGAAGGAAAAUAUCCCAACGGUUUUCGGGACGUUCUGCGGGAGCUGAUCAGAGAGGAGGGCGUGGGCUCUCUGUAUAAGGGCUUCAAUGCUGUCAUGCUUAGAGCUUUCCCUGCAAACGCAGCUUGUUUCUUAGGAUUUGAACUCGCAAUGAAGUUCCUGAACUGGUUAGCACCCGACCUGUGAUGAAGACUCGGCAUCGUCUCGUAUGUGAAUCCCAGGAACAGAACUGUUUUAACACAACGCAGUUAUUAGCAGCACAUGAACACACACACACACACACACACACACACACAGAAUCACAAAGAGAUUUUAAAAAUUUUCCAAUAAUGUGCUUAUAUAUCUAUAAGACCUCAUAGUACUGUAGAGCAUUUGGAUCAUUCAGACCUGCAGAGAGGCUGGGAUGACUCGGUGCCAGUGUACACACACACACACACACACACACACACACACACACACACACACACAGUCAAAUGUUCUCACUCCUUUUUGUUUUACUUGAUUUCUUAAAUUGUGUUAUUUUUAUAUAAGAAAAGGAGUGAAGUGAAUAUGCGUGCCUUACCUUUUGUUAUCUGCAAGCAGGUGUACAUGUCAGGGAAAAGGUGCAUUACGUUGUACUGUGUGUGUUCAGUCUCUCAGCAAUACACGCCCUUCUAACUGUCUGCUUCCUGUGAGGUCACCCUCCACUCAGUGACCACCGAUGCUAGCUACACUUUCUGUUUGUGUUCAUGUGAAAUUAUGAGAGUAGUCAUCACUAAUGAGUGAUUGAACAAUAUAUGAAUGUCAACAUGUAAAGAAAUAAAAAAACAGAUCCAUAUUUAGAAAUUA